AUGCACCGACCUGCCCUCCGCGCCCUCCUGGGCAGGAGGCCAGAGCUCCUCAGAGCAACCACGGGCCAGGCGUCAUGCCAGACCGCGGGUCGCCGCCUCUCCACGACCGCCUCCCUACGGGCCGACGAGCACACCACCGGCGGUCCCACACCCGCGAAGCCGACGUCGAGGCAACGCUCCGCCGCCGCGGCCUCCCAGCUCGGCGCCCUGGGCAACAGCGGCAAGCCCGACGCGCCCGCUGCCUCUGCCGGCGUCGAUGCACGCUCCCUCGGCGGCACCGGCGGCCUGACCGCGACCAACAAGAUCAUCAAUGUCCGCAGCCUACCCCGCCCGCGCGGCGGCAACGGCAACGGCAACGGCAACAGGAACCCCCCCGGGCCCAGCGGCGUCUCCUCUCCCGGCGGCCGCUUCGUCACGCAGCAGCCGGGCGGCCCCAACGCCAUCUCCGCCCAGCGCCCAGGAGCCCGCGGCGGCCCCGGCGGGCGUGCCCGAGCAGGAGCAGGAGCAGGAGCAGGAAGAGGCGGGCCAGGAGGCCGCAGGCCUGGCGGUGGCCCCGGCGGCGCGGCCCGCGGCAGGCGCCCGCGCAGGAAGAGAGACGACGGCCCCGGCGGGCGCGACUCCAAGGCCGGCGGCGGCAAGCUCGUCUUCACGGCCGAGGAGCAGAAGUGGCUCGACGGCGUGCAGCAGGGGGUCGCGGCGCCCUACACGCCCUCCCUGACGCUCGAGUCGCUCGUCGGCCACGGGCCCGCCACCGCCAGCGCCGCCGCCGCGCCGCUGUCGCAGCUCGAGACGGCCCUGCGCGGCAUGCGCCUCGUCGCCGGCGGCGAGGCCUUCUCCGCCGACGUGCGCAACCCGGCGCAGACGCAGGCCCGCCUCGCCGAGCAGGCCGAGAGCCAGCGGCCCGUCUUCUUCCACGACGCGGCCGAGCGCGCCGCCUUUGGCAAGGACCUGCUCAGGGACAAGCCGAGCGAGGGCGUGCAGAAGGCCAUCCUGCAGAACAUGUUUGCCGGCACAUACGCGCAGCCCCAGUUCGCGGCCGCGGCGACCGACACGCUGGCCACGGCGCGCAACUACCACGACAGGGACUGCACGUACCAGCCCGAGGACAGCAAGGCGUUUGAGGACAAGGUACGGUCCCUGCUGCCCAAGCAACAGCCUGCUGCUGCUGCUGCUGCUGCUGCUGCUGCUGGCAAGAGCAAGGGAAAGGGAAAGAAUGCGUAG